CCCACAGACGUAUUGACAGUCAGGGUUGUGGAGCGGGAAGGAGAAGCUCUUCCAGACCGUGGCCACGGGCAGUUCGUUUCCUGAACACAUCACGGGGACGAGCUGGGCCAGACCGGGCCAAAGGACUCCGCAGGCAGGGCACUGCUCCAGGAACCCCGCUGCUGCCCAAGGGACCGGGCCCACCUAACCUCCGACUCCAGGGGGUCCUACGCGUGGGGAGGGGGCCUCUGUCGAUCCCCUUCGGGCUAAUCUGGAAGGGCCCGGGCCUCGGCCCCAUGCGCCUGGCUCCUGGGCACGCUCCUCAGGACACUCCUGCUGGGUGCUGGCGCCGCUUGGUCGGGGGCAGCUGAGUUGGCCAGGAGGCCCACAAGCCAGAGAAAGCUGCGGUGGGGAGAGGGGGAGGGGCAGGAGGGCCGGGGGCUGGGGGCUGGGCAGCCAGAGGGGCUGGGCGGCCGAGGACUGGCCUUUUGGUUCCUGGAAGAAGAAAGCGUGAAAACGGUCUUCUCUAAAGGACCCAUUUGGGGGAAGAGUUGAUUGCAGUGUCCACGAUGAUCCCCUGCGGAGCGGUCGUGUCAUUCGCCCAGUGCCUGAUUCGGAGAAAAGUCGUCACGAUGGAUGGUCCCGAAGACUCCAAACUGUGCCGCUGCCUGUCCACCGUGGACCUCAUCGCCCUGGGCGUGGGCAGCACGCUCGGGGCCGGCGUGUACGUGCUGGCCGGAGAAGUGGCCAAAGCAGACUCGGGCCCCAGCAUCGUGGUGUCCUUCCUGAUCGCUGCCCUGGCUUCAGUCAUGGCUGGCCUCUGCUAUGCGGAGUUUGGGGCCCGUGUGCCCAAGACCGGCUCGGCGUACCUGUACACCUACGUGACCGUGGGCGAGCUGUGGGCUUUCAUCACGGGCUGGAACCUCAUCUUGUCCUACGUGAUAGGCACCUCUAGUGUGGCGAGAGCGUGGAGUGGCACCUUCGAUGAACUUCUCAACAAGCAGAUUGGCCAGUUUUUCCGAACAUACUUCAGGAUGAAUUCCACCGGCCUGGCGGAGUAUCCGGAUUUCUUUGCAGUUUGCCUUAUCCUGAUUCUGGCAGGCCUGUUGUCUUUUGGAGUCAAAGAGUCUGCCUGGGUGAACAAAGUCUUCACUGCGAUUAAUAUUCUCGUCCUCCUCUUCGUUAUGAUUGCCGGCUUUGUGAAAGGCAACGUGGCCAACUGGAAAAUCAGUGAAGAUUUUCUGAAAAACAUUUCAUCAGCUGCAAGAGAGCCCCCUUCAGAGAACGGGACCAGUCUUUAUGGGGCUGGGGGCUUCAUGCCCUACGGCUUUGCCGGGACCCUGGCGGGGGCAGCGACCUGCUUCUAUGCCUUCGUGGGGUUUGACUGCAUCGCAACCACCGGAGAGGAAGUCAGGAACCCCCAGAAAGCUAUUCCCAUCGGAAUCGUGACUUCUCUGCUGGUCUGCUUUAUGGCGUACUUUGGGGUUUCCGCGGCUUUGACCCUGAUGAUGCCGUAUUACCUUCUUGACGAGAAAAGCCCCCUCCCUGUGGCAUUUGAGUACGUCGGAUGGGGGCCUGCCAAGUACGUGGUGGCCACAGGUUCGCUCUGCGCUCUAUCCACCAGUCUCCUGGGCUCUAUGUUCCCUCUGCCCCGCAUUCUGUUUGCCAUGGCCCGCGAUGGCUUACUCUUCAGAUUUCUGGCCAAAGUGAGUAAGAGGCAGACCCCAGUCGCUGCCACACUGACGGCAGGGCUCAUCUCGGCUGUGAUGGCGUUUCUCUUCGACCUGAAGGCUCUGGUGGACAUGAUGUCCAUAGGGACACUGCUGGCUUACUCUCUCGUCGCUGCCUGCGUGCUCAUCCUCAGGUACCAGCCUGGCUUCCAGAGCUACGAGCAGCCCAAAUACUCUCCAGAGAAGGAAGCCCUAGCGGCGGCCAAGCCCGCGACCAAAAGUGAAUCUCAGCUCAGCAUGCUUCAGGGAAACGGCUUCAGUCUGCAGUCACUCUUCAACCCAUCCGUCUUCCCCACCACACAGUCUGCCUCUGCGGUCAGCUUUCUGGUGGGGCUGCUGGCUUUUCUGGUGUUAGGCCUCAGUAUUCUGACCACCUACGGGGUCCAAGCAAUUGGCAACUUGGAGGCCUGGAGCCUGGCCCUGCUGGUCAUGCUGAUCGUUCUCUGCACUGCCAUUGUCCUCAUCAUCUGGAGACAGCCCCAGAACCAGCACAAAGUGGCCUUCAUGGUGCCGUUCCUGCCUUUCCUGCCGGCGUCCAGCAUCUUGGUGAACAUUUACCUGAUGGUACAGCUGAGUGCCGACACCUGGGUCCGGUUCAGCAUAUGGAUGGCUCUCGGUUUCCUGAUCUACUUUGCCUAUGGCAUCAGACAUAGCCUGGAAGGCCUCCCUAGGGGUGAUGAGGAGGAGGAGGAGGAAGAGGAGGAAGAAGAUGCAUAUUUGGAAGCAAGCGGUGGCACGUUGGAGGUCAAGAGUGUCUUUGCAGCCGGGGAGCUGCACCCUGAGAACGAGCACAGCCACUUCCUCCUCCACGAACGAACCAGCCAGUGUUGAUGCCGCAGCGCCAACACGGGGAGCGGGCGCAGCGGAGCGGCUCGGUUGGUCGGUUGUGAGUCUGCUGCCGCCCUUGAACUCAACUCGUUGUGCAUCGUGGUGACCCACCCGCAGCGUGGCCCUUUCCCAGCGUGGCCCACCUGCUGUGUGGCUCGCUCCCAGCAUGGCCCUCCCACGGUGUGGGCUGCCCUAGCGUGGCUGAACCCAGCGUGGCCCGUCCCCCAGCAUGACAGGAUCCCAGCAGUGACCCACGGCCAACCCAGGGUGGCCCUCUCCCAGUGUGACCCGUCCACCGUGACCCGACCCCGGCUCGGUCCAUCCCCGGCGUGGCCCGUCCCCGGCAUGGCCCUCUUGCGGCGUGGCCCCUCCUGUAGUGUCGACCCAUCCUCAGCACAGACCGUCCCCAACGUAACCCAUCCCCACCAUGGCCAAGCCAGUGUGGCCUGCCUCCAGCGUGGUGCCUCCAGCGUGACCUGACCCCAGCGAGAGCGGGGGCCGGUGGGAGCCGGUGGCAGCCGCGGAACCCGCACUGCCGCCACACGGAGACUCUUCCCAGAUGAGGGGCUGAAGGAGAGGAUGUGCCGUGCCCAUGGCGGGCAAGGGGGGGAGCGUGUAUGGGUGUGUGGGUGUCUGUGUGUGUCUGUGUGUCUUUCGCAUCGGCUGUAUUCGGGUAAAUUCACAUCACACUUCAAAAUGAUCCCGAAUCCCUAUUCCGAGGUCACGAGUGUGGGUCCCUUCUCUAAACAAGCAGGCCUGUUGAGGAAGGGAGAAAGGCCAAAGGAGGAAGAGCGUUUGUCAAUGGCCAGGGUGGAACCGUCUUGCCGCCUACAACCUCCUGGCCACGCUCUCCUCUUCCAGAAGAAAAGUGACCGUGAGUAACUGCACCCAGAAUGACUGGGCUUCCGCAGGGCAGCCACUGCUGGGGACAUUGGGCCCAUCCAUAGAUGUGCCUAGGCUCUGGCAAGGGCCAACGGCAACACUACACAUGUCGGUGACCUGGAAAAGUCAAGGUCUCAAGCCUUAACCUGUGUGUGUGUGUGCGUGUGCGUGUGUGUGUUUAGCAAACACUACAGCGGGAGGCAGAGGGGAUCGAGGGAAGACAGCAAACAAACUAAAACAAACAAACAAACAGAUAGGUAGAGGGCAUCUGACAAGGGUAAUUCUGCGUGAGUGGGAAGCCUAGCUCCUAUGAUUAGUAAUAAGAAUAAAGCCUCAUUGUCCACCCCAGUCCCCACAGCCAAGGUCAGGGAGAUGAUCGUUAGCACUUCGAAUAGCAUCAUCUUGGAACCCAAAGGACCACAGAAACUGUGUGUGUGUGAUUGCACACCCACUUCUGACUGGUCUUUCAACUGGAAGUUGCCUCCGGUCCCCUAGCAAAGAGAAGACAGUGAUGCGAUCUGUUCUGUUCAGUCUGGGAUGAGGAGCUGGAGAAGUCCAGGGUCAUGUGCUUAACACAUCCCUUCUGGCUUCCUCCAAGGGCAGUUGGUGCAGAUGCUCAUUCUCACUAAGGCAAACUCAGAAACUAAACUUCAGCACCUGCUUCCCGCUCUCCCGGGGGAGAACCGAUCCAUCUUCCUCUCUGGAGGCCCAACCACGGCCCACGUGUUUCUCCUUUCUUCAAUUCUGUUUUCAAUUCUCAGGUGGACCCCUGGGCCCUGUGAAUGCCCCCUCCCUGCCUAGAGGCGAGAGGGGAGCGGACCGUAGCAUCGGAUCUGGAGGCUCAGAACGAGUCCGCCCCUCUCAUCUUUCGCUGCUGUGAUGUAGGGUUGGGCAGACCUUUCCAAACACAUAGUGCUUGAAAUGCCCUGACGUUGUCUGUCCAAGUCAGGGAGAGCGGGUGGCCAGGCUGAGCUCGGCUGGGAUGGCUGCGCAGCAAAUGUCAGGACACGCAAAGAGGAAAGAGAAUGGUGUAGGCCACAUCCCUGGGGAGAAGCUGAGAAAUCUUGACCAUGAUGGUACUAACCAAAUGGGGUUCACAUCCAGGGUGCCCUUGGCACCCCACAACCCUGUCGCUUCUUCAGCUGCCAGACUGGCCUGGGUGAGUGAUUCCCAGGGGCCCUGACUAGCAAUCUCCUCCACCUGGAAUUGGGCUACCUCAUGUGGCAAAUUGUCCCAGCUCCAGCCGCCAGCCUGCACGCUGCUCAGAGCUGCCACCCUGGGAGAGCCAAGGGGCAGAUUCACAUCCAACCCGCUUUCCAACAGCUAAUUAGCACGUCACCUGGCUGGGGGGGCAGCUUCAUAACCUGUCUUUGUUUUCUCCACGUCGAGACACCGAUCCACAAGGCCAACCUCAUCGGCUACUCCUGGCCCCAGUCUCUGGGGAUGUCCCGUUCCAUCAAAGCUCGGGAGCCCUAGUUUGGAAUCCUGGACUCCUGGGCUCCCUCCUUCUAGCUUCCAAUCCUGACCUCCUUCCCCAGCCUCCCGGACUCAUCUUCCCUGCAGGUUUGCUGAUGGGGAGGGCAGUUGGUAGGGGGUGAGCCGGGAGCCUCCGGCCCCGUGCUCCUCCGCGUGGCCCCUUCUGGCACCACUUUGAGCCCCUCACCCAAAUCCAAGUCUAUGGGGGCGUUUCUGACAAGGCACGCUGCCAAGAAAGCUGUCAGAACCAUCCUUGCACCCCGGAAAGUGAAAAUCUCAGGUCCUCGGGCAUAGUUCCAAAUUGGAGGAUUUUGUAAUACAAAAACCUAAGAGGGUUGCCUGCCUUCCCAGGCAAAGCUUCCCAUUUACUCACAGAAGGCGGGGGUGGGGGUAUCUAAUGCACUGCGCUAUAUAACCAGGGCUCAAUAAUCGUGUGCGUGCAUGUGCGUGCGUGCGUGCGUGUGUGUGUGUGUGUGUAUGCCUGUGGCCCGAUCCGGGGAGAGAUAUGACAAAAUGGAUCCAAAUUCUGCUUGCAUUUGCUACCAAGGAAAUUGGCUCCUUCUCCAUUCUUAAGCCUUUCUAUGUGAAGUUUUUAGGUUUUAAGCUAUUUUGAACUAUUACGAUUUUAUAGCGUGUACCAUAUUUUUUAUAAAUGAGUUCUUCAAGAAAGAUAUUUAUACAUUCAUUUCUAGCAGAGAUCACCAGAUAAUAAAUACAAUCGAUUCUUCAGGC